UAUCCAACUUUUGCUUAGCAAUAUAAAUAAUAAUAAUAAGAGUGAUCGUAAUAUGGCAGGCACGUCAGCUGAUACAAUUACCAUUCUUAGUAUUGAUGGAGGAGGAGUUAGAGGGAUCAUCCCUGGGGUCAUUCUUGAUUUCCUUGAAUCCAAACUUAAGGAAUACGGUGGCGAGAAUACAAGGCUGGCAGACUACUUUGAUGUGAUCUCAGGGACAAGCACCGGUGGUCUCAUUGCAGCAAUGAUAUCAACACCCAACCACCAAAAACGGCCUUUGUAUGACGCCAAUCAGAUUGUCCCUUUCUACAAACGGGAAUGCCCAAAAAUAUUCCCACAAGACGAAGACGAAGCUAGAUCGCUAAGGCAAGCAAAGAGUGAUGAAAGUGGUAGAACUAUACCAGGUGGGCCAAGCUAUGGUACGUGCCUUCAAGAACUGACAAACACUACAACAAAAUUGUUGUUUCCCGGCGGAAAUAUUACCAGCGGAGACAGUCCGCUGGUAAUAAUACUAUCUUUACCGGCGGAAAACUAAGUCUGCGGGUAUUAA